ACUCUAGCAGCCAUUCAUGUGGUCCAUUCACAUUCAGCCCACGAGCCCCUUAAACCCGCAGGGAGACGAGACAUGAGGGCAACUCUCUGCCUGCAGACCGAGACUUUUUCUGCCAGUUACAGGCUGAGAUAAAGGUUUGGGGGAGAACCACUCAAACCACUCAACUAUUCCGGCUACAUGUUUUAAGUAUCCAGCUUUCCCUUUGGGGUGCAUGAUCAACCAGCCCACUUAAACUCAAGAGGUGAUGUCGAACUGCAACAGUUUUUGUGUUGCCUGCACCAGGACCUUGUACAGCUGCCACUGGGGAAAGCCACAAAAAACAACCAAGAGCAAACAAAAAGCAUAUUUGUGGGUCACCAUUCUCUCAGUGGUCACUUUAUUAGCCCUCGCCUGGAUGUAUAUUUGUCUGGUCAGUUAUAAUGAUCAAGACGAUGUCAACUGGAAAGGUUUCGCUGCUCUGCAGUUGUGGAUCAACUGGUUUAUGGUACUGAUCAUUCUUUCUGCUUUGUUAAGUGGCUAUUGUGUCUUCCUGCUGUGUUUUGCAUUGUUCCAAGUUGCUUUUAAAGAACCACUAGAUCUACACUGGACACACAAGAUUUUUCUUUUCUGUGGGUUUGUGUUCAUUACUGCUGGAGUUACAGGCAUCACUUUUAUGUGGCAAGAAGAAUGGGUGACUGUUCAGCUCUCACUGGAGGCCACAGGCCCCUUUUUGCAGUUUGGCGCUGUUGGAGCUUUGACUCUGAUGAGCAAACUUGUUUUUAAAGCAGUCUUCUUCACCACUAGUAAAAAAUUUUCUAGGUAUGUCAUUGGUGCAACAUUUACUGUGGUGUCCGCAGCCAUCUUUUUAUGUCCCUUGUGGAUCCAGUCUCCUUGUUUCAUAGAGAAGAAAGACUUGCCUCCCAAACCAAAGCUGAUAGGGCAUCGAGGUGCACCCAUGCUUGCCCCAGAAAACACCAUUAUGUCAUUUAAUCGCAGCAUAUCAUGUGGAGUUAAAGCCUUUGAGACAGAUGUACAGCUCAGUAAGGACGGAGUACCCUUUCUUAUGCAUGACCACAACACCAAGUUUCUCCUGAGAACGACAGAUGCUAAAGAUAAAUUUCCAAACAAAACUUUGAGUGGGGGUACAAGUCUGACAUGGGCUGAGUAUCAGAGAUUGAACGCAGGUGAAUGGUUUGUCCAGACGGACCCCUUUAGAACAGUUUCACAGCUCUCUGAGGAUGAGAAGGCACUGGCCGGAAAUCAGACAAUUCCCUCUUUACUACAACUCCUCAACUUGGCUCAGGAUCACAACAUCUCUGUAAUGUUUGAUUUGUACAGUUUCAAUGAAUCCAACCUAGAAAAUAACACAGUGGAAAUAGUGAAAACCAUCCAACUCUCUGGCAUUAACCCGGAUCUAGUCCUCUGGCUUCCUUCAACAAAAAGAAAUUAUGUCCACACAACAGCCCCAGGAUUCACCCAGGUCUAUAAUAAUAUAGACGACAUGAAACGCAAUAAAGGAAAUCAUCUGAACCUGAAAUACAGCAAAAAUAGUACAACAGAAAUCAGAGAACUUCGAAAGACAGAAGUUGAAGUGAACUUAUGGGUUGUCAAUGAGAGGUGGCUCUUCUCGCUGCUGUGGUGUGCAGGAGCAAGCUCUGUUACCACCAAUGCCUGUCACAUACUGAAGGACAUAGAGAAGCCGGACUGGAUCAUACCAUAUCACCUGUACCGAAAAAUAUGCUUUAUUGUGGACUUUGCAUCAAUACUGGUAAUGGCCGGGAUCUUUGUCAAUCAGUGGCCUCAGAACCAGAAGGACCUCACCAAGUUGGAACGAGAAAGAAAUGUUCCCCUUCUUACCAAUAAGCAAGUAGUUUGAUGAUGAUGAUGACCCCUACUAACGCCACAGGAUGACCCCCACCAACACCACAGGAUCACUAACCACUGGCAGCUCUUUUUUUCUGAUAAAAGAAACACGUUGCCUGCCUGAAUGUUGUGGUAAAAUGUAAAUUAAAUGUAGUUUAUUUGAUGUCCCACUAGACAGCAUAUAUUUUUGUUGUCUGUAGUAAUGUAUAUUAUUAAAUACAAAUGUUUGGAUGUAUUUUAUAUUCCUGGUGCUUUUUUAAGUCGUUACUGUUACAUUUCCUGUUUACUGAGCCAUAAUAAAACUAAAACUGAG